AGGAAAUUAAAAAUGCAUUUAAGUCAAAACCCAAUUUUUCGGAAUUAAAUUUACUCCGCAAUAUGUAUUUACAUAAUCUAAAUUCAUGUUUAUCAAAGGCCUAUUACUUCGAAAUAAGUUGAAACCGAAACUGCUCCGGGAAUGUCUAGUAUGCAGGAACGUGGGAUGGUUCGCCAACAUACCAAUGGGUGAGAAGGAUCCGAUUUUCGGCAUCCUCGAUGCUUUCCUCAACGAUACCAAUCCUUCUAAAGUGAAUUUAUCAAUCGGAAUAUUCCGCACCGAUGAUAACAAACCGUUCGUUCUGGAAUGCGUCCGAAAGGCCGAGAAAAUAAUAAUUAGCAAAAAUCUGGAUAAAGAAUAUUGCGUUUUGUUGGGAGGAUCGCCGGCGUUUCAAAAGCACAAUUUGGACUACACCCUUGGCCCUGAUUGUGAAUACAACCAGCCCGGAAGGAACAUUUGCUUCCAAUCUCUAUCAGGAUGUGGCGCUUUGUCGAUGGUAUCCCAAUUCCUAUCCAGGUUUUUUCCCGGCCGGAAAGUGGUUUACAUGUCUGAUCCAACGUGGCCAAAUCACGCGAACGUUCUCGAAUCCAUGGGCCUAGAAACUGCGUAUCAUCGUUAUUACGACGCUGAAACCGUAUCGCUGGAUUUCUGCGGAAUGAUGGAAGACAUUCACAAAAUUCCGAAGAGGUCUAUGAUACUCUUCCAGUCGAUUGCUCACAAUCCCACCGGCUUCGACCCCACCCCCGAGCAAUGGAACGAAAUCGCCGAAGAGGUUAAAAAGAGGAAGUUGUAUGCAAUCGUGGAUAAUGCAUAUCAGGGUUUUGCCAGCGGCGACAGCGACAAAGACGCGCAAUCAUUCAGAAUCCUAGCAAAACAUCGCGUGAAAUUCGCGUUAUGUAACAGCUUCUCUAAAAGCUUGGGCCUCUACGGAGAACGAAUAGGCUCUAUUAUAUUCCUAACCGACUCUCAAGACGAGGUGCAACGGAUAUACACGCAAUUUAUUCCAUUAACCAGGGCCAAUUACCAGAAUCCUCCGCUGCACGGGCGCAGAAUCGUCGAGGAAGUAUUCACGAACCCGGAACUUUCUAAAAUUUGGAAGAAAGAAGUCGUAAUGAUGGCUGGUCAGUUGAAAAACGUCAGACAACUAUUGGUGCAAAAUCUGAAAGAAGCCGGAUCGAAGAGGAAUUGGGAUUUUUUCACCACACAGAUUGGCAUGUUCUCGUAUACCGGAUUGAGUCCGCAGCAAAUCGAACGUCUUUCAAAGGAGUUUCACAUUUACAUGUUGCGCUGCGGUAGACUCGCUAUUCCCGGCCUAACAACCAAAAAUGUUGCUUAUGUAGCUAAAUGUUUGCACAAAGUAACAUCUGAAUAAAAUUUGUAUUUUUG